GACCUUUUUCAUGGGGGCCUAUAGCUCUAGGGAGGUAGUUGAGCAAAUCACCACGUAUAUAACUACUUCGACACCACUCUUCUUGAAACCCAUAUACCAAAAACUCUUUCUUUUCAUUCUCUUCUCUCUUCUUCCGUCUUCUUGAAACUCUGUUCAUCAUGGGUUCAACCGCCGAAACUCAAAUGACUCCUACUCAGAUCUCAGACGAAGAGGCAAAUCUCUUUGCUAUGCAACUAACUAGCGCAUCUGUACUCCCUAUGGUCUUGAAAUCUGCUAUUGAGCUCGACCUGCUUGAAAUCAUCGGUAAAGCUGGUCCUGGUGCGUUCUUGUCGCCGACCGACAUCGCUUCUCAGUUGCCCACCAGCAAUCCAGAUGCUCCAGUGAUGUUGGACCGUAUCUUGCGACUCUUAGCCAGCUACUCCAUACUUAAAUUUUCUCUGAGAACCCUUCCUGAUGGCAAAGUUGAGAGGCUGUAUGGUCUUGCUCCUGUAUGCAAAUUCUUGACGAAGAAUGAAGAUGGCGUCUCUAUUGCCGCCCUUUGUCUGAUGAACCAGGACAAAGUCCUCAUGGAAAGCUGGUAUCACUUGAAAGAUGCAGUUCUUGAAGGAGGCAUUCCAUUUAACAAGGCAUAUGGAAUGACAGCAUUCGAAUAUCAUGGCACAGAUCCAAGAUUUAACAAGGUUUUCAAUAAGGGAAUGGCUGACCACUCAACCAUUACCAUGAAGAAAAUUCUUGAGACUUACGAAGGCUUCCAAGGCCUUUCUUCCAUUGUGGAUGUUGGUGGUGGAACUGGAGCGGUCCUCAGCAUGAUCGUCUCCAAAUACCCUUCAAUCAAAGGCAUUAACUUCGAUUUGCCCCAUGUUAUUGACGACGCUCCACCCCAUCCUGGAGUGGAGCAUGUUGGUGGAGACAUGUUCGUUAGUGUUCCUAAAGGAGAUGCCAUUUUCAUGAAGUGGAUAUGCCACGACUGGAGUGAUGAACACUGCUUAAAAUUCUUGAAGAAUUGUUACAAUGCGCUGCCACCACAUGGGAAGGUGAUAGUAGCAGAAUGCAUUCUUCCGGUGGCGCCAGAUAACAGCCUCGCCACCAAGACAGUGGUCCACAUUGAUUGCAUCAUGUUGGCUCACAACCCAGGUGGGAAAGAGAGAACUGAAAAGGAAUUUGAGGCAUUGGCCAAGGGAGCUGGAUUUCAAGGUUUCAGAGUGGUGUGCAGAGCCUUCCAUACCUAUGUGAUGGAAUUCUUGAAGAGUGCCUGAGAGCAUACUUUGGAUUUUUUAACUUCUGAAGUUUGUGAAAUGAGAUUUUCAAAUGUUGCUUUCACAGUAUAUGUAAUUUCUGUAAUAAACAAAUGAGAGCUACGACACGAUUGUAAUACUGUACUUCUAUCAAAUAAAUUGCUUACUUAAAGA